AGCGGCGCAAUACUGGUUCCAUGUCGGCGGCUACACGGCGCGAGGGGGCCUUUCGCAUUUCGCAGGGCGGCUCAUCGACCUGCGCUUAUUUCUGAUUUACGUAUAUCUUCAUAACUACCUCUCCCUAUUGUCCUCUUUUUCCAUUUGAGAUAAAUAAAGGGCCACGUCUGACCACUGCCCGCAAAAGGGGGGACUCCCCCGUACCUUUGGGGCGUAUUCGUGGCUUUUUGGCUGGGGAGGGGGGCGGCUCUCCUCACUUCCUGACUUUCUCCUACCGUCUGCGGGAUGAACUGCAGUCUGCGUGGCUGAAGCGAGGGGCGGGUGGAGGAGGAACUGACACGUGGAUUAUUAACAGUCCCGGACCCAAGGAGGAUCCGGCCCGGGAAUAUAGCUAGGCGGCGGGGCGAUCCGAUCAUCAGCCCGCGUUUGUCUUACUGGGGCGUCCGGUGGUGUCCGGAGCUCCGAGGGACAAGAAGGAGACCAUGAUCGGACAAUUUUAACCCGAUGCAGUUGCCCUGCUCCCCCAGCGGACCUCGCAAGUCCUCGGAUUGCUAAUUUUUGUUUGUUUGUUUUUUUUUUGUUUGUUUUUUGUUUUGUUUUUUUAGACUUGCGGGUUUAAAUCGGGAAGCCCCGCUCGUUGAAUGGCAAUUUUACAAAAGCAUGGCAAGAGCUGCAAUCCGGAUUUACCCGACCUUAAAGAUAAUCCCCCGGACAGUUUCGGGGUCGCGGGGUCUCAGAGGAAGUGGGCGGAUAACAACGCGAACUGGCCCAGGCCGUUAGCGCGCGUGUGGACGGUGGUUCUUCUACUGGGAACAUGCCUGCUGUACUGCGCUCGUGUGGCCAUGCCCAUCUGCGCCGUCUCCAUGGCGGAUCAGUUCAAGUGGAGCAAGAGGGAGUCCGGCAUGGUGCUCGGGAGCUUCUUCUGGGGGUACUGCUUCACCCAGGUCAUCGGAGGCUACGUCAGUGACAGGGUGGGCGGGGAGAAGGUCCUCCUGUUGUCCGCAGCGGCCUGGGGCGCCAUGACCGCCUUUACGCCCAUCCUGGCUCACUUCUGCUCCCAGCCCAUAAUCUCCAUGAUGCUUUCCCGGUUCCUCAUGGGGCUCCUGCAAGGUGUUCACUACCCCUCCUUGGCCAGUCUCUGCUCUCAGAAGGUGACAGAGAGCGAGAGGGGAUUUCUCAUGAGUACGGUUGGCAGCGGGUCCUACCUUGGGACGUUGGUGAUCGGAGCGGCCGGCUCACUGAUGCUGGACCUGUAUGGCUGGGAGAGCGUUUUCUACGUCACGGGCUUGCUGUCUGUGCUCUGGGCUUACUGCAUGUGGAAGUACCUGCUGAAAGGGGAAGAUCCAAUCAUCACACUGGAGUCCUUGGGUAGCGCAGGGACUCAGUCCAAACUGGCCAAAAGGCAUUGGCUGCGCUUGUUAAAACAGCCAGCAGUGUGCGCGGUCAUCGUCACGCACCUCUGCACUGCCAGCACCUUCUUCACGCUGCUGUCGUGGCUUCCGACCUUCUUCAAAGACACCUUCCCUGAUGCUAAGGGCUGGGUGUUCAACGUGAUCCCGUGGUUCGUGGCCAUCCCGUCCUCGCUCUUAAGCGGCUGUCUCUCGGACCACCUCAUCGGCCAAGGGUUCGACACGGCGGCCGUCAGGAAGCUAAUGCAGUUCUUCUCCAUGGGUGUGUCCAGCAUCUUUACCCUCUUCCUGUGCGGCACCCCCACCUUCCCCACGGCCGUGGCCUUCGUCUCAGCCACCAUGGGUCUCACCACCUUCAGCCACAGUGGGGUUUCAGUCAACGUCCAAGACCUGGCGCCAUCUUGUGCUGGGGCCCUUUUCGGCAUCAUGAACACGUGCGGAGCCUUCACAGGCGUGGUCAUGGUGUACUUCUCCGGGUACCUGAUAGAGGCCACGGGGUCCUGGGCAUCGGUCUUCGCCCUCAUCUCCGUGGUGAACCUCCUGGGCCUGUGCACCUUCCUGACCUUCGCUGAGGCACGACGGGUCGACAUCGAGGGGGCCAGGGUCAAGUACCACAACAUCCACAUCUGACGGCCUCACCGAACAUCCGAACAGGAUGGGCAUGGGGGGGGGGGGGGGGAAGAGAUGGCAAUCAGGGAGGCUGUUGGCUUCUCCCAGACUUUUACAGCUGUGGAGCCAGAUCGGUGUGGGACCAAGCAAGCCUUUAAGUAUGAAUUUUUCCGUUUUUUUCUCUACUUCCUCCCUGACUUCCUGUUUACUACAAAGGAGUGAGUAAUUCUUAUGUUUUCAACAAUAUGUGCACAUCAGCUGGCUAAACGUCAGUUAUCAUGAUGCCAAAGUGGUCAGUUAUACUCCUAUGAGGUGAGAGGAAGGUGGGGGGCGCGCCUCCCCAUCAUUAAAUCACCUUUUAGGGUGCUUUUUUUAAUGGACUCGAGCUUUAUGGUUCACAAGGGCAGCGGCCUGUGUUUGGGAGAUCAGAAGAGGUCACAUGAUUGUGUGUGUGUGUGGGGGUACACAAUUAACCCUUACCCUCCUUGUGUUGCUCAGUGUUUCCAAAUUCAGCCUUUGGGGACCCACACACAGUCCAUGGCUUUGCUCCCUGGGAGGGAGCAAAAACAUGGACCGACCGUGGGUCCCGAGGACUGGAUUGGGAAGCCCUGCUCUAGCUGCAGGUGAGGAUGCCACCCAAGCCUUGAGUGGAUGUUAUUUUGCUGUGAAUCAGUGUAAAAAUCAUCAUCAUCAUCCGCCUCACGAUCUUCAUCGAGUGCUUACAGCUAUAGCUCCGCUGUAGUUCAUCCAGUUUUUUCCAUUAGCAAUUUGAUUUUUGAAAAGCUUGAUAUAUAUAUUUUAAAAGACCAAAGCCUUUAUUUCUGUGAAUGUAUGACUUAUUUAAAAUUGUCUGAUUUUUUUUUUUUUUUUUUUUUUAGAUUGUGUGCGAUAGGUUUUCCUCUAUGGAAGAGAAUGGCUCGUUAGAGCCACUUUGGAGUUUACUGUGAAAAUGGGUCUGUUAGCUGGAAGGAGGGAUUGUGGGCGGAGUGUGUAAAGAGCUGCAUAAAUACGGUUGGUGCCUUUUGUCAAGUAAAGUGUCCAAACUGUGCCUCAUUGUGGCAAGGGGACAGACCUCGGGUUCUGUCCACAGCAUCGCAUGGGGCUGUUUGCCUGAAUAUGAGGCCUUGACCUUGGUGUCAAAAUUUGUUAGUUAUUUAUCAGAAACAGGCUUUGCUCUCUGUGUCAAUGAAAACCAUUGGCAGAGAUGGGGAGGGAUUGUCUCUGCCUCCCUGUGGAAGUCAGUGGUUGAUUGGACAGGAUAUGCUGACAAUCACGUCAAAGAAAGCAGUUGAUUAUUGGACGUGGAGAUUUUUAUUUUUUUGGGGGGGGGAGGCGCGGGGGGACAGACACUGUCUGGCAACUCGAAUAUCAUUGCAAAAGUGCAGGAUAAUACAUAAUAUUUUUGAUGAAAGAGAAUACUAUUGGAGGUACUCUCAAGAGAUCAGUACCAGUGGGGAAAAAAUGUUUACCAGAAUGGUUCUGCAGAUGAUUUGCAGUGGUGAAAUAUAUGCAAGCGUGAGGUGACUUUACUGGAAGAGGGAUUAAGUAUCACCAAAGGCUCGGAAGAUCGUCCUUCUGUGAGGCCCCGUUUGGGUGCCAGUCUGAAGGGGACAGUCGUGUGUUCAAACACUAACCGGCUUUGGUCAAUCUGUGUUUCCCUCAUUGGCCUGAUGUGCUUUGGGGACGUACCAUCGCAUUUACAGACAGGAGCCUCGUGUGGUAGGAAAUCUUUGGUGACCAAAUAAUUUAUUUCAAGGAUAUGUUUUUAUUUAUUAUUAUUAAUAGUAGCAGAUGUAUUCAUUAUAAUUAUUAUAAUAGCUAGCAUUUUUCAUCAUAAAGUACAAAUUUCCUACAGUUCACCUACAAUAUGCUUUCAUUUCAGGAUUCCUAUAAAUUGGGGCUGGAUGUGGUCUAAUAUGGUUUCCCUAAAAUAUGUAAUAAGUAAUUUUUUUGUUAAGACAAUUGCUAAAAUUUCUCAGAUUUUAGCAAGAUUACUCUUAAAGAGUGUUUCUAGUAGUUUUGUAGUUGAAAUAGUAAGCUCUGUAGUUUAAAACAUUCACAAACUGUAGGUUAUGUAUGUGUCACUUUAAAACGAGUUUAAAAAAUCCUGAUUGUUCCCCUGGUUUGUUUUGCACAAUUGAGGCUUGUGGUUUAGAACGUGCCCUUCCAGUCAUUAUGUGAUACUGGCCUGUACUGGAUUUGGGGAUCGGUGGGUGAGGGAUGUUGUAACACUAGACGUUUUGUAGUGAGGUGGGACACCUCUUCAUCCCGUCUGGAUCCCACACGGCUGGUGAAUGAUGAGGUCUCAAGGAAUGCGCUUACCUAAGCCAUCUGACCUGUCUACUCGAAUUCUGGUCCUGUGCCUGUACAGUCAUAGAUGUUACAUCUCUGUAAAACACAUGACAAAUGUUACUCUCUGAUUCAGUUGCGCUUGUUACAUUCGUUGCACACGUUUAUGUAUUGAUAUGUACGUGUGAUAUUUAUGGAAGUGCGUACAUAUGUGCAUAAGGAAAAAAUGCAGCUGUCAACAUCAGGCUACAGGGAAUCUGGGGGCCUGAAUUUUACUCCUCCUAAUACAAGCUGUCGUGACAAAAACGUUAACUGGUUACCAAUGCAAUAGGUUUUUGUAUAACUUAAGUAGUUGGGUUUAUGGUUUUCUGUUUCCGCAAAUGUAUGGAGUCAGUAUAUUCAUAUUUACGUUUUAAUUUCCCUGAGGCAGAUUUUCAUAUUGUUGUUGUUUUGAUUUGGUUUAAUCAUGUAUUGUUUAAUACCACCUUCUCUUUGUAAUGUUUAAGGACUAAAGAUGGUAGGGGGGAAAAGAUUUCUACCUGAAUGGCAACUUGGUGGGCUAAGACCACCGACUUGUAUUAAAGUCUGAAAAACAUAAUACUGUAGCAUAUGUAAAAUAAAGGCAACAAAUUUAUUUAAAAUAA